AUGGACGUAGCAGAGGUGUUACCUCACUCCGGCGCCUGCGGCCUGUCUCCUGACGGCCGGUGCCUCGCCGUCGCGCAGGGGAGGAAGUUGCACCUUCGGGCGGUGCCGUCGCUCGAGGCAAGUACUCUGUUUUCUGUCACCAUCCCAUGCUUGUCUCUACGUCUGGCUGAUAGUGACAAUCUGAAUCAGCAGUCUCAGAUAGUCCUUGAGGUGUGGGCCGUGGCUCUCCCUGACUGGUCCGCCACAGUGCACGAGGAUGAGACAGCAGGCCUGGUGCACGCUGCAUGGGCGCCAGACUCGACCCACCUGCUGCUCUCCGCCGACCACAGGCUGCGUGUGACUAUAUGGAACGUCACUUCCAGCCAUUCACCCCCAGUGCACAUCCCCCUGCCCAAGCACCCUAUCCGCUCCCUUGCCUUCUCCCCCAAUCACCUCCUCCUAGCAGGCCUCCACUCCCUCCCGUCAAAUCAGAGCAUGCCACCUGCCGCUGCCACCCCUGCUGUUGCUGGGGUUACAGAAAUGGGUGCCGCUGCUGCUGCUGCUGCUGGUGCUGGUGCUGCUGGUGCUGGCAGUGCCAAUGCUAGAAGAACGAGUGAGAGCUCUGCUGUGGGGUUGGGAGGGGUGCAAGGAGGUAGAACAGAGGCAAGAGGAGGAGCACGAAGAGCAUCUGUUGUAGCAGGGGGGGGAGGCGGAGGGGGAGGAGGAGGGGGAGGGGGAGCAGCGGGGCAGAGUCGCGACGUGGUGAGCCUGUACGCCUGUGACAUGAGGCAGGAGGUGGUUUGCUUCCGCACAGACACUGUGGACGCUGCUGACGUGGCAUGGGCAGCUGAGGGCAGCGGGGUUAUUGUCUGGGAUCACCCAAUGGAAUUCAGGUUGCUGCUCUUCUCCCCCUCUGGAGAGCCGCAAGCACGCAUUGAGCUGCCCUGGCCAGGACUGGGCGUCAGGGCUGUUGCCCCGUCCCCUACCUUUUCACCUGGCGCUGCUUCUGGCUCCAUUGCCCAUUGCAACGCUAACAGCAGCAGCAGCAGCACAGGUGGCGGUUCAGGCGCCCUGUCAGGGGCUGCUUCAGGUGCUUCUUCAGGUGCUCUGGUGGCGGUGGGCUGUUCGGCCGACCGCCUGCUGCGAGUCUUCCGGGCGGCGGAUGGGCGGCCUGUAGUGGAGCUGCCGCACACACCAGCUGUCAAAACUCCACUGGCUGCUGCUGCCGUUGUGUACGAGGAAUGCCUUGGAGUCUCUGAAGCUGCCACCACCAUGGCACCAGAUGCCACUGAGGAGGAAGAUGUGGAAAUUGUUUCGUACCGGGUGCUUGAGCUGCCCGUUCAGCUGCCCGUCCAGAAGCCUCCAGUGGACAAGCCCAACCCGAAACAAGGAGUUGGUCUCAUACAGUGGAGUGCCAAAGGAGAGUAUCUAGCCACGCGCUGCGAUGACAUCCCGACCGUCCUUUGGAUUUGGGCGGCACGGCGCAAGUUUGAGCUGGCGGCGGUGCUGUUGCAGCGGCAGCCAAUCAGAGCAGCUGCCUGGCACCCGGCAGUUCCUUGCAUUGCAUUUUGUUCUGGUACACCACAUUUAUUUACGUGGAAGCCGAUUAAAGUUAGCGAUGGUGGAAGUAAGGGAAGCGUUGAUGGUGGUGGAGGCAUGGAUAGCAUUGCUGCUGGUGGAACCACUGAAGGGAAUGGUGGCGGAGCAGUUUUGGCAGCAGAACAAAAGGAAAGGGAGGAGUACGACAAACUCGAGUCCGUCUAUAACGCGGAUGUGUCUAAGGCUCUUAAGGCGUACCAGCGAACAUGCGACCCUCUUUUUGAGAGGCGAAAGCAAAUCGUGUGUGGAGAUUCAGAGCCGACAGGGGAGGAGGCAGCCGCAGACCCAGACGAGGAAGAUGAAGAGGAAGAGGAGGAGGAGGGAGGAGGGGAGCAGCAGCAAGGAGGGAAGGUGGCGAAGGCGCCUAAGGGCGUGCCCAAGUUCUGGCUCACAGUCUUCAAGAAACAUGAUGCUGUAGCGGAGUUCAUUCACAAGCGGGACGAGGAGGCAUUGGAGAGCCUAAGGGACGUGCGGGUUCGCUUUGUUAAAGCUGCUGGUGACAGUAGCGGUGCCUCUGAUAAGGGCACAGGUGGUGCAGUUACGCGGCUGGAGCUACACUUCGGCCCCAACGCGUUCUUCUCUAACAAAUCGCUCUAUAUCGAGACAGUGGAGGUGGCUACAGGAGGAGGGGGGGAGGAGGGGGAAAUGGGGGAAGAAGAGGGGGAUGGGGGCGGAGGGGGAGGGGGAGGGUCGGUGGUGGUGGUGAAAGAGGUGUCUGAGAUUCAAUGGAAGGGCGUUGAGAAGAAUUUGACGCUGAGACAGAUUGUGAAGGCUGGGAAAAAGGGAAAGGGAGGUAAGGGGAAGAAAGGAGCAGGUAGGGAAGCCGAGCCUCCCUCAACAGUCAAGACCAAGCCCUGCCCUUCCUUCUUCAACUUCUUCACUCUCUCGCGUAACAUGCGGGGCAAUAAAGCCACCGCCCAGCUCAGCAGCAAAGGGGGGAGGAGCAGAGGGGGGGACGGAGACGAGGGGGAUGAGGGGGAGGAGGGGGAUGAGGAGGCGGAGGAGGAGGGAGACGAGCGAUUGGAGGGUAUGCCUGUGUUUGGGGGGGAGGAUCUGGGGGAGGUGGUUCUGAGGGUGCCUCAGGAGCGGGUGUUAUCUGAUGGCAAGAUGGACGUGUGGCAGGCGCUGUGCAACGAGGUGAUACCCAGGGCAGCUGAUCUCUUCACGAGCACAGGCUUUGGGGAGGGAGGCAUGGGUGGUGGUGGUGGUGAUGAUGAUGAUGAGGAGGAGGAUGCUGACGUGGCAGACGAGGAGGGGUACGAGCACGUUCGGCGCCCAUCUUCCGGACCUCAUCGGCUGGUUCGGCGCCGGAUCAGAGCGUUGAAGCACCUGCAGCGGAAGCAGCAGCAGGCAGAGCGCAUGAGGGAAGCAACCAUUGCUGGUGCUCGCGCCUCUCUCAGUGAACGCUCUUCAGGCAUCUUUGCUCGGCGCAAGGCGGUGGUUAUUGGUUCCAAGGCCCUUGACAGCGGUGAUCCCUCCCUCGCCCGCCUCCCCCGCUUCUGGCUUCUCGUCCUGCGCUCCGUGCCCUGCCUCGUUGAGACCAUUCGCCGCCGCGACCACCCUCUCCUCGCACACCUCUCUGACAUUCGCUGGAGGCCACUCAAGGGGAGAGAAGGAGGAGAGGGAGAAGAGGGAGGAGAGGAGGGAGGGGAGGAGGGGGAUGGGGAGAGGGGAGGAGAUGGAGGGAAGGGCGAGAAAGCCGAGUGUGGGAAGGGAGAGUCGGGGUUUGUGAUAGAUUUCGAGUUCCUGCCCGGAUGCAAGGAAUGGAUGGCCAAUCACGUGCUCUCAAAGGCGUAUUUUUUCCGAACCCGGGCAGCCAGUGGUGGUGGUGGCGGCGGCACCGGCGCAGGAGGCUCGGCGGGCACCGAGGCUGGGGCGUUGGCUCGGGUGGAGUGUAGGACGCCGAUAGUGUGGGAGGAAGGGAUGGAGUUGACGCUGAAGGAGGUGCAGGACAGCAAAGGGCGGCUGCGAGUCAAGCCCUGCCCCAGCUUCUUCCAGCUGUUUGACAACAAUCGCUGCCACCUGGCGUUUGCUGGUGACGAGGCGGUCCACCUGUCGGCUUCCGAGUUGCUGGAUAGGGAAGCUGACGUGGCACUGGCCCUGCGUGACGUGGCGAUCCCGCGUGCUGCUGAGCUGUACAGGCAGGCAAAGGAGUGGGAUCAUGGGGAUGAAGAGGAUGAGGAGGAGGAAGAAGAGGGCGAGGAGGAGGAAGUGGAGUCAGGAGAAGAAGAUGAUUAUAACGGAGACAAGCAUAGGGAUAAUAGACGUGGGGACGUGUUGGGUGGUGAUUAUAUCGAGGGGCGGAUGCCUCUCGGUUCUGCGGAAUCUCAAGACGAGGAGCGCAGACACAUGCCGCCGUCCGCGCAUGCACCCCUUUCCGCGCAUGCGCCUUCCGCCGCGCCCUCCGCGCAGGCACUCGCGCUGAUACCCCUCCCGAACGGCGCGCUGUUCGGUUCUGCCGUGCCCCUGCAGCAGCAGCAGCAGCUGCUCCAGGCGCGCGACGGGGAGGGCGCGCAAGCGCAACUCCAUGCACCGCAGCAGGGGCUGAAAGCGCCGCAGCAGGCGGGCCAGCUCGGGUUCUUCAACGCCCCCGCGGCCCCGGCUCUCGCUUCCCCGCCCUCGUUGUCCUCCAAGUCCCCCGCGGAGGUUCAUCCGCCAAUGGAGCCGCUUCCGCCGCUACUUCCGCCCCCCGCCAACCUCAACUCUUCCGCCACCGCCGCACCGUCGUUCCCGUCAAUCGGCCGCCCCCUUCCUUCACUUGCGCAGAACACCCGCGGGCUCCCUUUUGGCGGAACGGGCGCAACCGGAGCAAGCUCCACGGGGAACGCCGCGGGAGCCGCCGCGCCGCCGCCGACCACCACCGCUAACUACACGACUCCCGCGGGCCGGUUGCGCGUGGGUUCUCACCUUCCGCUACUCGGCGGUAGGUUCCGUUUCCGCGCAACGAUCUCGGAAGGUGGGUCUGCGCGCGUGUUCGAGGCGGUGGAUACCGCUGGCAGCUCCGCAGCUGGCGCAAGCGGAGGGGGCGCGCUCGGGGGAUUACCAACGGCGUCGGAUCUUCAACGGGCGUCGAAUCAAAACCAGAGUCAGCUACAACCGACCGUUGUGAUCAAGGCGAUGCACCGGCAGUAUCGUGAGGUGGGACGGCAGGAGCUACAGCUGCUACAUAUUCUCAACUCGCUUCUGCCGGCCGCGGUUGGCGGCGCAGAAAACGGAAGCGCGGAGAACGGGGAUCGAGAGCCGGACGGUUGUCCGGUAGUGCGGUUGAUUGAACCUGGAGGAUUUGAUUUUUCCGGACACAUGUGUUUGGUGUUGGAGAAGCUUCACGGGUCGCUCCUUGAUUACCUCUGUCGCCGGGCCGUUGAAGACGCCUCCGUGAAACCCGCCGGAUCAGCCGCCGCGUCUCCCGGUGGCGCGUCCGCAUCUUGCAAUUGCGCGGAGAACUCUGUCGAGGAGGGCGCGCGGAGCGGACCAGUUGCGCGCGCACCAGCGUUCCCCGACAGAGUGGAGGACGUCCGCGCGGUUGCGCGCCAAGUGCUCACGGCGCUCGCGGCGGUCCAUUCGAUCGGGUUCAUCCACGGGGAUAUCAAGCCCGAAAAUAUCCUCCUUGCUGCGCCGAUUCCAAGCGGAACCGCCGCGGUUGCUGCAGGAGUGUCGGGUUCGGGGGGGCGGGUUUGCCCGGUGCAUUCCCUGCGGCCGGCGCCGUUGAAUAUCAAGCUCGCUGAUUUUGGAAAUUCGUUCAUGCAGCGGCAGGUGAAGGAUUUGUGUCGGGAUUUUGAUGUUCAGACGCUCGCGUACCGGGCACCUGAAGUUUUGCUCGGGCUGCCAUUUGAUAAGAGUAUCGAUCUCUGGUCUCUGGGGUGUGUUCUUUCGGAGCUCGCGAUUGGCCGGUUGCUUUUCGUCUGUGAUUCGCCCGCGCAGCUGCUUCGCCAGAUGGUGGAGAUGCUCGGGUUACCUCCUCCUGCGAAGCUGUUUCGCAACGGAAAGCUCUUCCCGCAGCUUGCGAGGAGCGCGCGUGUAUACCCGUCGCAGCAGCUGGAGGAGAUCGCAGGAGAUGCGGAUGGCGAGGGUGGGAAGGCUGCGGGCGACGACGACGCAGCGGAGAAGAAUCAUGCGACAAUUCGGCGUGGUCGACUUGGCCGGAUGCUGUUACAACACGAUCCUCUCAUGGCGGAGCUCAUUUUCUCCUUGAUGGAGUACGACCCAGCUAAACGCCCCUCUGCUCAGCAGGCGCUACUGCAUCCUUUCAUCCAGACCUCCCAGAACGCGCAACCCUCUGCCCCUCCGCCCAUCCCCUCCUCACCCGCCCCCUCCGCCUCCGUCCCCGCCUCCCCCGCGCUUCCCCCGCUCCCUGCCUUCACCGCACCCCGCACCGCACCUCCAAUCAAACCCGAGCCUGUCUUCGAGCGCUCUGCCUCCUACCCUCUCACGUCAGGCUCGGCAGGAGGCUCGGCAGCAACCGGACCUGAGCCAAUGGCUCUGGAUUCCAGGCCUGUGCCUGUAUUCUCCCUUGGAAACGGUCUCCCAGCCACCGGUCCGUUCCAGCAGCAGCAGCAGCAGCAGCAGCCGCAACAGCAGCCGCAACAGCAGCAGGAGCAGCAAGAGCAGAACCAGGAGCAGAGCCAACAAAACGGAAACAAAAGAGGGAAUCGGACCCCUGGUGCCGCCGCUUCUGGCGCUACUGCUGCUGCUGCUGUGGCGUGGCGCUUCCAUCUCCUGCUGCCGCUGGUCCUUCUCCGGGGAAUGGGAAUGCGGCGGGUGGGAGUGUGGGGGGUGGAAACGGGGGAAGUGGGAAUGUGGUGGCAGGAAGAGAGGCUGUGGGAGGCGGAGGGGUGUUGGGUGGGGUUGGCGCAGGGGGAAGCGCUGGGGCCGGGGCAGGGGGAAGCGCUGGGGCCGGGGCAGGGGGGGCAGGGGGAGCGCACACCCGCGUCUCUCCCUCCUCCGGUCUGCCCCUCCCCGUGCAUUCUCCCUGCCGCCGCUGCUUCCUUCCCAAACCCCCAGCAGCAGCAGCCCUCCCGGUCCCUCUCUCUCUCUGCUGUUGCAAGCCCUGCAAACGCAACCACGGGGAAUGAGCAAGGACAGUUUUACAGAGGCACGAGCAACUAUGGAAGCAUGAUGCAGCAAGCGCCACAAGAAGGCGGGCAGGCGCAGGGCCACGGGGGAAGCCAAGGGGGAGGCCAAGGGGGAAGCCAAGGGGGAGGCCAAAGGGGAGGCCAAGGGGGAAGCCAAGGGGGAGGGCAAGGGGGAGGGCAAGGAAGGACCCUCAGCUCGUCCGCCUCUGCACCUGCGCACGGGUCAAUGCUACUUUCAGCCGCUGCCUCUGCUGCUGCUGCUGCUGCGGCUGCGGCUGCUGCUGCUGACGUUUCUUCUGGUGCCAAUAUCGGAUGUGCUAAUAACGGAGGUGGAGGUGGAGCAAGCAGUGGUGCUGCUGCUGCUCUCCCCGUCGGCAUAGCCACUCCGUCUUAUGUCACACCCGCUGCAGCCACACCAGCUGCAGUCACACCAGCUGCCGCUCAAACGCCCACCACUCCUGCUGCUCCCACGCUUCAACACUUCAUGGGCCCUCCCUCUGCUGCUUCUUCUCCUGCAGUUUCGGCUGCUGCUGGUGGCGCUGGUGGUGGUUGUGGUAAUAGUGCUUCUUCUCCUGCUACAUACGCUGCACCCAAUGCUGGUGUGAAUGGUGGCGCUGGUAACAACAUGAGCCGAUUCGGCCUUCAGCAGCAGCAGGUGGGCGGUGUUGCUCGUCCGCACAUGCCGCCUCACCUUACCCACUCCCAGUCGUUCCCUACCUCUCACCCGUCUUCCCAUCCUUCCUCUUAUCCUUCACCUCACUCUCAUUCCCGAGGGCGGCUCUCCCCUCACGUUCAACACACCUCUUCUCCUGCCUCUUCCGUUUCUCAGCACCAAAACUAUCAGCAGCAGCAGCAGCAGCAGCAGCAGCAGCAGCAGCAGCAGCAGCAGCAGCAGCAGCAGCAGCAGCAGCAGCAGCAGCAGCAGCAGCAGCAGCAGCAGCAGCAGCAGCAGCAGCAGCAGCAGCAGCAGCCGCAACAGCAACAGCAACAGCAACAGCAACAGCCGCAACACCAACAGCAGCAGCAGCAGCAGCAGCAGCAACAACAGCAAUACCAGCAGCAGCAAUACCAGCAACAGCAACUGCAGCAGCAACAGCAGCAGCAGCAGCAGCAACAGCAACAGCAGCAGCAGCAACAGCAAUACCAGCAGCAGCAAUACCAGCAGCAGCAACAACAGCAAUACCAGCAGCAACAGCAGCAGCAGCAGCAGCAUCAACAGCAACAGCAGCAGCACAAUCAAUACCAGCAGCAACAGCAACAGCAACAGCAGCAGCACAAUCAAUACCAGCAGAAACAGCACAAUCAGUCUGCUACCGAACCUGGUUCCGCUUCCCAAAACUACCGAACUCACUACUACCAAACCUCUGUCGCAGGUCAGGUACCUGCCACGCCUUCCCGCUCCGGUUUCACUGCGCCCACUUCUGCCGAACCUGCAGGUUCGAUGGGUGCUCCUCCCAUACCUGUUGCUACAGGUGCUGCUACAGCUGUUCCUACUGGUAUGGGUGCGGGGAGAGGUACUUAUUGGGGUGAUUCUCCCGCCAACACUUACAUAAGUGCUGCUCCCAGUGUGUCUGCACUUAGCGGGGGUCCUUCCAUCCGGUUACUCUCCAUCCCCACCGCAUCUCCUGCCACGUCAUCCAUGUCUGCCGGGCCUGCCACGUCAACUGGCCGCGCUGUGUCAGCAGCACCUGCCACGUCAGCGGGUGGCGCUCGGUCCCCGCAAAGGGGCGCGGUGUCGUCUGGCUCGGCUGGCAUGCUGAGGCUGCCAGGUGGCAUGCCACAUCAGCAGCAGCAGCAGCAGCAGCAGCAGCAGCAGCAGCAGCAGCAGCAGCAGCAGCAGCAGCAGCAGCAGUAUUCGGAGGGGCAUUCAUGCAUGCAGCAGCAGAUGCUCCCAGUCUCUUCCUUCACUCUCCCUCCUUCCCAACCGUCUGGUCCAGCCCCUUCUGGUCUUGCGCGGUCACCUACAGUUGGAGUGGCAGGAGAAGGAAGGCAAGAGGCAGGGACGAACCCUAGCGUACAGCAGCAGCAGCAGCAGCAGCAGCAGCAGCAGCAGCAGCAGCAGCAGCAGCAGCAGCAGCAGCAGCAGUUUCAACUGCAGCAAUCGCCGCAACAGCAGCAGCAGCAGCAGCAGCCAGAGGCGUUCUAUUCAAGCUACAACCCCACCAGCAGCUACGUUAGCAGCUACAAUCGAAGCUCGGCUCUUUCCAAUACCAACACUCUCACCCCUCCUGGUCCAGUAGGGAGCUUGGGUCUGGGCGUUGGGUCCGGAGAUAAGGGUUUUGGGGUUGGAGAAGCAGCAGAGGCUAUGGAGAGGGGAGCAGGGGAAGACAGGAGUUACUCUUUCCCUAGUAGUGGUGUGGUGGCGCCUGCUGACCCUGCUGCUCUGUUUGCUGCUCCCCAGCAGCAACAGCAGCAGCAGCAGCAGCAGCAACUGCAGUGGCAGCAACCGCAGCAGCAGCAGCAGCAGUCAAUGCACCCAUUGCCUUACAGUGCAACAGCAGGGGCAUGUGAAAAGGAGGCCACAGCAGGAGCAGGAGCGGCAGGAACAGCAGCCGGAGGAGUAGCAGCAGCAGUGUGCACACCCAAGUCCCGGACACUCAACGUUGAUCUCACAGAUCUCCUUGAGAUGGACGGUGGGGAUGAACUGGGGGAGCGAACCGAGGCAGCGAGAGCCGUUGAUGGGAUAGAGGAUGAGAUCCUAGGUGGACCGUUCAAGAAGCCACGACUUUGGGAUGAGAGGGAGGAGAUGGUGGGGGGGAUAGCAGGGAACAGAGGGGGUGAAGAGGGGAGUGGGGCGAGUGGAAAAGAGAAGGAGCACUGCGGUGCUCCUAGCCUUGUGCUGCCAGUGCAACCAGCUAUGGAUUGCGCUUCUCAAGUUAUGAUCGCAAUUCACAACCAAGUCGACGAAGGAGGGGAACCGGAGAGGGCGGAGGAGCGGGAGGAGGGGGGUUGCUAUCAGCAGCUGCUUCCCAACGUGGAGUGGCUUGAAAGAUAG